AGCACCCAACGUUGUUGUCUUUGAACCUUAUUCAACCUUUGCUUUUGCCUAUAAAGACAACUAUCUCCCUCGAAACCUAUUCUCCAUCGUACCAUUUUUUCUUCCAUUCAUCUCAUUCUUUCUCAUCCAUCUCGUUACCAUGUCUCAGACGGUUGUCCUCAAAGUUGGUAUGUCAUGUGAAGGAUGUGUUGGAGCAGUGAAGAGGGUUCUAGGAAAAUUGGAUGGUGUGGAAUCAUAUGACAUUGAUUUGAAAGAACAGAAGGUGGUAGUGAAGGGAAAUGUCCAGCCAGACACAGUUCUGCAGACCGUUUCCAAAACUGGGAAGAAGACUACCUUCUGGGAAGGUGAAGCAGCACCCGCAACUAGCACAGUAAGUGCUGCCUAAAACAUUUGGCACUAUUCUGCGCGGGAGAAGUAGCUGUGUGAAUCAAAUGUUUGAUGAACUUGGAAUAAUGAUGGCACUUGUUAUCUGAUGUAUUUUAGUGUGUCACAACAAACACUGCUGUAUAUUACUGUUUUUCACAUCUGUGAUACUGUAUUAAUGUGCUUCUAUUGAGAAUUUAACUUCCUUUGUCUUUGUUCC